GUAACUGGCGGCCCGUUCACCUUGUUACUGAUACAGGUGGCAUCAACUGUCAGCAGGUGGGCACAGUGUGAGAUGGGACGGACAUCAAAGGACAAGCGGGAUGUCUACUACCGCCUAGCCAAGGAGAAUGGCUGGCGAGCCCGCAGUGCCUUCAAGCUGCUACAGCUCGAUGAGGAAUUCCACCUCUUCCAAGGUGUGACACGGGCAGUUGACCUCUGUGCAGCCCCAGGCAGCUGGAGCCAGGUGCUGAGUCAGAAGAUUGGGGGCCAGGGGCCCGGCCGUGUGGUGGCUGUGGAUUUGCAGGCUAUGGCUCCCCUGCCAGGUGUGAUACAGAUCCAAGGAGACAUCACCCAGCUUUCCACUGCCAAGGAAAUCAUCCAGCACUUUGAAGGCUGCCAUGCAGACCUAGUGGUGUGUGACGGGGCUCCUGAUGUCACAGGCCUCCAUGAUGUCGACGAGUACAUGCAGGCCCAGCUCCUCCUAGCUGCUCUGAACAUUGCUACCCACGUCUUGAAGCCAGGGGGCUGCUUUGUGGCCAAGAUAUUCCGAGGCCGGGACGUCACGCUGCUCUACAGCCAGCUGCGAGUCUUCUUCUCCAGUGUGCUUUGCGCUAAGCCCAGGAGCAGCCGGAACUCCAGCAUCGAGGCCUUCGCUGUCUGUCGGGGUUAUGACCCUCCUGAGGGCUUCGUUGCUGACCUGACCAAGCCUCUGCUGGACCACUCGUACGACUCAGAUUUCAACCAACUGGAUGGUCCCACCCGCAUUAUUGUGCCUUUUGUGACCUGUGGGGACUUGAGCGCCUAUGAUUCAGACCGCAGUUACCCACUGGACUUACAGGAUGGCUCUGAGUACAAGUAUACUCCGCCCACACAGCCCCCUAUCUCGCCUCCAUACCAGGAGGCCUGCAUACUGAAGAAGAAGGGGCGGCUGGCCAAGGAGACCUGCCCGCAGGACUGCCCCAUCAGCAGAGCAGAUGCAUUGUCCCAACCCCUGGCUGCCCCUCAGCACCACAACGUGCUGGCCCCCGAGGACAACAAAAUGAACUGUCUACCUUAACACAUUAAGUUAAUUGGCAAGCUGACAACUCAGAAGAUGCUGCCUGUCAGGAAAAGCAGAACUUGAGCUGAUGAACUUAUCCUCAGAUAUCAUCAACAAGGCCUGAAGACAAGCCAGGAAUGGGAUUCUGCAAUAGCCAUUUGAGACACAGUGCCCAACACCUACAACUUAAAGGAGAGGUUUACUUUGGCUCAUA